UUUAAAAAUAAAAUUCAAACUCCUGGUGAUGCGCCAUGAAGAUUUGUAGAUAUUCAUGAAUCAAUUGAACACAAAAUUCAAUUCGGCGAUUGUACGAUUAUGUAUAUUUGUUAUGAUGGUUAGUGUUACAUUCGCUUGUAUCAUUUGUGGUUGUUUGCUGUGUUGCAUGGCGUUUACGAUGCAGGAUGGCUUUCAAGAAGUUAGGCAGUUUGAAUUGUUGAAUUUCAUGAAAAGAUUUGGAAGUAUUUCAGUAUGUCUUUCAAUAGGUGGAUUCUUCUAUGUUAAUAAGAAAAUACCUUUAAAAAUGGCUAGUACCCUACAUUCUGCGUUUUCAGGACUUUUAAUACUGAAGAAGAUAUCAAAAACCAGAGCGGUUGUACUCGCAUGAUAAUUGACAACGUUACUGAUUUUAAAC